AAUUCUUUCAGUCCCAGGUUUUAAAUGUUUGUCACAGAAACAUGGCGGAUGAAGAGUUAGAAGCACUGAGGGCCCAAAGAAUGGCCCAAUUACAGUCCCAAUAUGGGGGAGGAGCUGGCCGCCAGGGUCAGGAAGAACAGGAGGAGAAGGCCAGACAGAUGCAGGACAUGAAGAACUCUAUCCUGAGCCAGGUGUUAGACCAGCAGGCCAGAGCCAGAUUAAAUACAAUAGCAGUAGCUAAGCCAGAAAAAGCUCAAAUGGUGGAAAAUAUGCUUUGUCAAAUGGCACAGACAGGACAAAUUCAAAAUAAGAUUGGAGAACAACAGCUGAAAAGUUUGUUAGAAAGAGUUUCAGAACAGACAGCCAAGAAAACCACAGUGAAGUUUAAACGGAGAGGACUGGAUGACUCAGAUGAAGACUAGGGUGCAAGAUUUGUUACUAGUUCUGAAUGACUUCUUGUGACUUGUGUGCUUAGAAUGUAUAUUUUAUGCUUAUAAUUCAGCAGUGUGUAAUACUGCACUACAUGAAAAACCUGAACUGAGUGUAAGACAUCUGAGGAAAUGCCCUGCUGGCUUUGAGGUUAAAGAAAAUGUCCAACUGACACAGAGGAAGGAAGUGUCUUAGAGUUUUGGUGGUCAGAGAAAAUAAUCUUGUGACUUAAGUCAGAGAAAAUGUCCAGCAGGGUUUAAGGAAGAAGGAAAUGUCAUCCAGGCUUUAUAAUGGGAGAUGAAAUGUCCAACAGGCCUUCAAAGUGGGCAGGAUUUCAAGUCUUAGGAUUCAUCCUAUAGGCAUUUAAUAUGUUCUUUAAAUGUUUUAUAGCUUUUGAGUCUAGGAGAAAUAUUCCUUUGCUUUUAUGAUAUCUUGACAUAUCCAUAUUAAAAUAUAUGAAAUUGUGAAACCUCAGUCACCUAACAAUCUUAUAGUGUCAGUUAUUACAUGUUGUUAAACCCAUUGAAUCUGAUCCAAUUCCAUUAAAUUAUUUAUUAUCUUUU